AUGCCUCAGCGAUCUAGAUUUUUUUUCAUUGCCAUCUUUCUGGCUGGGAUAUACAUGACACACUAUGUUCAGGAGGGACGUACCACUGGGAACUACCAUCACUUAAUACAAAUCUAUGCACUCGCUAGCUUUGCUGCUGCUUCUUACCUCAAUUUUACCUCAACCUCUCUCCAAACAUCUUGCUCAAUUACGCUACUUCCGGGAGUCUGUGCUGCGCUUCACAAAGUCAUAGAAGUUCAUGGGGACGGGUCAUACACAACUAAACAACGACAGUCUAUCGACAGCAUGGACAACUCAUCUCUUCUGCCACGACCGAUACACAUAGACUCGAAACUGCAGAAAGGGCAACGCCUAGGAGACAAAGCACCAGCUGUACCUCGUGGAAAAUUCAAAGAAAAAUUUCAAGUUAUGAGGGAACGCUUCGAUCAAGUUGUAGGGUUACACGAGGAGCUUGUGAGAGAUCUUGAGCUUGCAAAUGCACGCAUGCAGAAGCUUCAAGCUGAGAACGACUUGCUUCUUGAUGCUAUAAAUCUUACAGUUCCAGCAACGCCUUCCCUCAUGCAUCUCACGCGUCCCUCUCCGGCACUAUAUUCACACCCUGUAGCACCUCCAGCGGCACCGCCUCCACCUCACCAUAUGAACGGACACAGUGUUCCACAUGCUAACGGGAGGUAUCGCCCAGUAGAUCCACAUGACAUCACACCUUCGGAGCGGGAUCGUGGUCGCGAAUACCGGGAUAUUCCUCAGGAAACUACAGCGAACGGGCGCUUGUGA